AUGGAAAAAAGUACAAAACGAAACAGGGAACGUUUUGGAAACAUGCUGAAGGAAAGAUACUCAAAUAGACAAAAAGAGAAUGAAAUAAAAUUAUUUGAAAAUAUAAAAACUGACAUCAGUAUGAUAAUAAGUGAACAUUUAAAGAAAAGAUCCAAAACUGAAUUUGAAUUAACAACAAUUGAAAAGAAAUAUAUUUAUUUAAAAAGUAUAUCUGAGGAAUUAGAGAAGUUGCUAAAACAAGGAGAUGUGGAUGUAAAAAAUAAUGAACAGUUAAUAAACAACUAUUUUGAAUAUACUACUACUAAUCUGGAUUAUAUUUUUAUAAAAUAUGAGAGUAUAAUAACUGAUAUGUCUGAAACGAAUGAAGACAUGAAAUUAAGAUUAAAAAAUAUUAAAGAAAAAGAACUAGUAGACUUUCAGAAUUCAUAUGAAUCAGUGAAAGAAAAGGCUAAUAAAUUAAAUGAAAUGAAACAUAAUAUAAUUAACAUAAAAAAUAAGUUAACACAGUUGAAGGAAGAAAAUGAACAUAUAAAAAAUGAAAUAGAUUUAAAAAAAAAAGAAGAAGUAGAUAUUGAAAAAAAGUAUAAAGAAUUAUUAUUACAAAUUGAAGAAUAUAAAAAAGAAUUUCAAAGCGUAAAAGAAAAUUGUAAUAUUCAAAUGAACGAAAAGAAGCAAAGUUCUAUCAACUUAAGCACAAUAGAGGAAAAAAUGGGAAAAAUAAAAACAGAAAUACAAAAAUUAUUUUUGGAAAAGAAAAAUGUGACUAGUGAAUUAAGCACUUUAAGAGAAGAUAACACAAAUAUUUUAAAAAAUAUGUUUGAUUAUAACACUAAUUUAAAUGUAAAAUGUGAAAAUUUAAUACUAGAAAUUAAAAGUUUAGAAAAGGAAUUACAAUGUAUGAAGAGUGAAAAAGAGUUAUUGCACGAAAGUUAUCAAAUGUUGGAAGUAAAGUUAAAUGACGUGACGAAAAUUUGUGAUGAAAAAAAAAAAGAAGUGGAACAAAUGUCUAGUAUUGUAAAAAGACUAAGUGAUGAACUAAUUUUGGAAAAAAAUAGUUUAAAAGAAAAGGAAAAAGAAUGUUCUUGUCUAAACGAUGAAUAUAAUUUGUUGAAAAAGGAAAAUUUAUAUCUUGUAGAGAAACAUAAUUCAGUUGAAAAAGAAUUAGAAAAAAUAAAUAAUUCCAUAUUGGAUUAUAAAAACAUUUUUGAAGUAAAAAAAAAUGAAUUGGUAGAUAUAGAAUUAAUGAAAGAGAAAAAUGAAAAAACGAAAUUCGAGAUUUUAAAUUUUAUUGAGAAUUCUGAAAAGCUGUUACUAGAGCAAAAGAACUUCUUUUUUAAAAUUUCAAAAUUUUUAAAUUUAAUAAAUUUAUCAAAUGAAGAAUGCAUAAGUUUGCAAAAUGAAAGAAAUUUGCAAAAGGAAAAUAAUAGCACACAACAAAAUUAUGAACAGGUGCAUACAGAUUUUGGCAAUUUGUGUAAUGAUGUUAAGGGCAAAAUUAUUCUGGAAAAAAAACUGCAAAACGAUAUUAACAGUUCUAGGAGAAACAUACAUAAAAAGGAAGAGGAAAUACAAGCUUUUCAAGAAAGUAAAAAGACGUUAGAACAGAAUCUACAAAAUAUCAUACAGAAAAAAGAGACAUAUGAAAAGGAAAUGGAAAAUAGGCAAAACAAUUCUGAACACAAAAUAAAAGAAACUACAGAUAUGUUGAAAGAAAAAUAUGAACAGCUAGCCGAAAGUUUAGCAAGUCAGCUAAAGACAAAACAUGUAGAGCACAAUAAUUUUUUAAAGCAUGGAGAGAAGGAAAAAUUAGAAUAUGAUUUUCAAAUUUUUAAAUCGGAUAUAAUUUCUAGUCUCGAAAAAGAAAGAGUUGAAAAGAAAAAGAAAAUUAUCGAAAUAGACAUGGAGCUCAAAAUAUAUCAACAAAAGUAUAGUUCCAUAAAAGCUGUUUGA